AUGCUAAAUACCAACUUUAAUGCAUAUUAUGUACAAUAACCAUUCUAUUACCCAUUUGGUUUCUAGUAUUUGAUAAUGCCAGCACCAAUUGCAUUAACUAAUACAUAGAUAAUUAAUUCUCAAAAUUAAGUUAAAGAAAAUACAACUUAAACAAAUGAUAUAUCUAUUGAAUUGAACUAACAAUAGGGACAAUCAAAACUAAAAACUAUAUCUGAAACCGAAAGCCAAUUAGAUUCUGAUAGUAGUAAUGAUAAUUUGAGAGAUUUUACUACUAGACCAAAAUCAACUAAACUCAAUCUAAUCAAAAAAAUUUAGAAGCCUAACCUUUUAGUUAAAUCUACAAAUAUCCAAAAAAAUUAUGCAAAAGCUAUGGUGUCCUAUGCCUGUAGAUAAAGAACAUUAGUUUUUGAUACUCUAGGAGAAGAACGUGGAUAAGAAUUCCUUAAAUUAAUGAUUAGACUGAAAAAUAGACUUAGAAAUGUAGCACAUAUUAUAAGAUUUACACAUGUAGAAGAGUUUUUAACAUUAUUUAGAAUUUUAGGGUAUUUUAAGUAUUAAUAAUAUUAGAAACAAUUUUAUGAGAAAAGAUUCAGUUAGUUAUAUAUACAACUCUAAAAUAUAAUAAAAGAGCUGCCAUUUAUCUAAUAUGACAAUAGUAAGGAAUUCUCUUUUAAAGUAUUGA